AUGAGGAAAAGAGCAGCAACCGUCGACAGCCCGACUUCAGCAGCCCCAAAACUAUUGCCUGAAAUCAAUGAAGACACAACAUUGGCUCGUCGAUCAAAUUCAGCCUUGGACCUUCUCGCAUCUAAUAUAUCCACGGCACCAAUAGCAAUACCAGAACCACGUUUACGACUAGAAAUCACGUCCUUGUCAAGAGCGCCAUCACUUAAAAAGGGCAAACCCAGUUUUGUUGAAUCACUUCCUGCCGCUAAACCCAUCGAGUUUUUGGAUGAGAGACGUGGGGAGAGAGGGCGAAUUAUGACUUUGGAGCUCGCCAAUCAGUUGAGGCCGCAUCUUCCGUCGCUGCAAAGGGAGAGCUAUAAGUGGGAACUAGUUUAUUCACUAAUGGAAGACGGUUCAAGUCUAUCAACACUAUUUCGAUGCAUGGCAGAAAAGAAGAAUUUUGUCAUUGCGAUAUCUGACUCGCAAAAUUCAAUAUUUGGAGCCUUUGCAUCAGAUCCAUUCGCACCACAAAAGGGAUCAUUUGGCAACGGAACGUGCUUUUUAUGGAAGGCCAAGAACCACGCGACAAGUGUAUAUAUGGCUACGGGAGACAAUGAAAUGUAUCAACUAAGCACAGACAAUUUCAUUGCGAUGGGGUUGGGAACCGACUAUGGAUUCCAUCUAGACGCGGAACUGGAUGAAGGUGUAUCACAUGAGUGUUCAACAUAUGGAAAUGAGGUGCUGGCGGGCUCGUCAAGGUUUCAAGUGCUGAAUGUAGAGGUUUGGUUUCCACAAUGGUUUUAG